GCCGCACGGUCACACUGGCUCGGCCAAAUUGUUCUCAACCUUUUUUUUCCAGGUGAAAAAGGAAAUGUCUCUGGGUGUUUGAGUGUUUUUCUGAUUUUCCGAUCAAGGUGAGAAGGUGUGAAUAAUAGGAACUGUGACGGCGGUGGCGUUAAAUCGAUUACUGCAUUUUGGAGCGCAGCAAUUGGUGCCCUUUCAUUGCGCGAGGAGUUGCACCAAAGUGCCACGAAACUGGGGGGAAAAGUCGCGGCGAGUUUUCCACAAAAUGCGUGCUCCCGGCAUGGAUGUUAAAUCAAUAGUGGUGCUGGCGGCACUUUCGGCGCUGCUCAUGGCCCCACCGGAGUGUGUGGCGCGAAAACAUCACCUGGAAGUUAGGAAUGACAGGCGGCAGUACAUUGCACUCAGCACCUUUGGCUUCUACACCAAUGGUCAUUUGGAUGUGCAGCUCAGCAAGCUGACAAUUGACCUGGAACAGUCCACGGAUCUGCUCGGCCUGUCGCUGGACAAGACCACCAUUGACCAGCUGAAUCCCUACCUGGACUCGCACCAGAACAAGUGCAUACUGGAGGAGCCGCCACAAAAGCAGAACAGCGGACCCAUACUCUUCUUUGUCCUGGAUCUCAAGGAGCUGAAGGUCCGUGUAAAAUGCUCACCGGAGUGGGCCAAUAUGCACAUAUACAACCAGAUUCCAUCGCGGACCAAGCGCAAUUCGCGCAUGGCCAAGAUCAGCGAUUCCGUUCUCUUCCGCCAGACGCGCGAGGCCCAAAUGCCACCAGCCUACUCCGCCGAGGGCCCAGAUGAUUCCAUGGACGAUCCCUUGGAACAGGAACCGCUACCGGCUGAUUUGAAGUCCUCCUCGCCAGCCGCUGCUGCUGCAGUGGCGGGUAAAAUUGAGCCGCCCAAGGAGGAGGUGAAUGUUGAGGCCCCCAAAGAUGAGGCUGCCCGUCUGAAUGCUUCUUCGGUCAAGCAAGAAGCGCCUGCCCAACCGGAAGUGGCCCCUAAAACCGAGGAAGAAGCCAGCUUAAAGGUUAAGGAUGAACCUCAGCAGGAGGAUUUACCCAUCAAAAAGGAGGUGGCUCCUGUUAAUAAAGAGGAUGUGCCUGUUAAAAAGGACGAGGAAAAGGAUAUACUAGUAAAACAGGAGGCUUCCGCCCCAGUAAAACCGGUAGCCGUGGAAGCACCCAAAGUAGUGGCACCACCAUCUGCUCCAGCUCAAGAUGUGAACCCUGUCGACCCGGAUGCAGCACCGGCAAAUCCCUUUCCACACGACGACGACUCCGCGGAGGAUGCGUAUGGGGCCAGCCUGUUUAAGCAAUCGCAGGAGAAUCUGUGCAAGGAUUCCACAAUGCCGCUGGUCAGGGAGACGAUCAACGAUGUAAACUACUACAGUUUCAACUUCUCCAUGCUGGUGGCCACGCCCAGCGACGAGGGCCUGUACAAUCUGUACUUCCACGCCUGUCCCAACUACCACAGCUCCAAAAUAAUGUCUUUUAAUGUGGACAUUGAGGAGAACAACAAUGGCAACUACUUGUCGGCUGGCGAGAUGCCUCUGCCCGCCUUGUACUUCAUGAUGAGCCUGCUCUUCUUUCUUUCCGGUCUCUUCUGGGUGUUUAUUCUGAAGAAGAGCAAGCAUACCGUGUAUAAAAUCCAUUAUUUGAUGGCCGUGCUGGUGUUUUUGAAGUCGCUCUCGCUGAUGUUCCACUCGAUCAACUAUCACUUCAUUGAGAAGCGGGGCGAGCACGUGGAGACCUGGGCCAUCCUCUACUACAUUGCCCAUUUGCUUAAGGGCGCCGUGCUCUUCAUCACCAUCGUGCUGAUCGGCACUGGCUGGACGUUCAUCAAGCACAUUCUCUCCGACAAGGACAAGAAGAUCUUCAUGAUUGUGAUCCCACUGCAGGUUCUGGCCAACGUGGCCCAGAUCAUUACGGACGAGUCGGACCAGAGCGACGCCGAGUUCCGCACCUGGCACAACAUCUUCUUCUUCGUGGACCUGCUGUGCUGCGGCGCCAUCCUGUUCCCGAUCGUAUGGUCCAUCCGGCAUCUGCACGAGGCAUCCGCCACUGACGGCAAGGCUGCCAUCAAUCUGCGCAAGCUGAAGCUCUUCCGCCAGUUCUACAUCAUGAUCGUGUGCUACAUCUACUUCACGCGCAUCAUCGUCGAUCUGCUGCAGAUGACGGUGGUCUUCCAGUACGCCUGGCUGGACGAGAUGUUCCGCGAGAUGGCCACCUACGUGUUCUUCGUCCUCACGGGCUACAAGUUCCGUCCGGUGUCUUCGCAUCCGUACUUCACCGUGCCGGACGACGACGAGGACGAGGACGUGGUGGAGGUGCUCACCGAAUCGGGACUCACGGAGACCGUCCAUCGGGUGAAGCCACUGAAUCGCAAUCAUGGCAGCGCUUCCGGCGGCAUCACCAUCAUCGAGGGCAACGACGAUGAGCGCGAGAACCUGAUUGCGAAACGGGAGUCGAGCCAUGAGUACGAUUAGGGAGCGAUUACAAAACGAUCACCCCCGUAUUCCCUGCAUUAGUCCGUAGUCUAUAUAGUCCCCGGGGUCUUAUACACACUGCAUGCAGCAUACUACUGCAUACACACGUGUGUGUGUGUGUGUGACUCAUUUGCUGAGCCAGCAGCUAGUUCUUUAACUAUACAUUAAUACACAUAUAUAUAUGUUCUAUGUUCAGAGAGUGUCUUGCGGAAAAUCAAAGAAACAAAUGCGAUGGCAAUGGCGGGUAUAAUCUCAGUAUCUCAGUGAACUUGUAUAGGGCAAUGUCGGCACAACGUUUGGUGGGCACUUACUGCUCCUCCAUCACCACCACUAUCAGCUCCCCCUCCAGCGCGCCCGUCCAGCCGGAACCCUUGUAAAUAUUUAAUCAAAGAAGUUAAAGAAAUUAAUGAACGCUUGCGACACCCAUGCCCUUUCCUUGGUUUAAGAUAUACUUAAAAUAAAUACACUUAUGUAAUUACGUAUAAUUUUAUGAAUAUAACAAAGCUUUAAUAUGUAAA